UGCAGCAGUAGUAAAGUUUCUCGACAAGAGGAGACUCGAGCUUAAGGUCACAAGGUUCGCGAUUAUAUUCGUCGGAGGCAAUUUUCCAUAAAACACGUAUCCCGCGCAGUAUCUCGUCUGAAGUUCAGGUUAUUAGUUGUUCAAUAACGUAAUUAAAGUUUACCUACGAAGAUUGAAAACAAGGUGCGAGAUGAGGGAUUUGAAUAAGCUUCCAAGUCAGCCUCUUAACUUGUUUGCUUCAAAUGGAGUUAACAAGAGUUACUCGAGCACUAGCAACAUUUCCGUCUCCUCGAUUUCUACGGGAGAUGAGUCAGUCUUUGACCCUUACUGCGUCGAGGGAAAUCCGCAAAAAAUCACCUUCGAAGACGUGACCUCAGCCGCGUUCAAAAUCAAGUCGGGGAUAAUCAACACACCAUGUGCGAGAUCCCGGCUCUCGGACUCCAUGGGCAUGGAGCUGUACCUGAAGAAGGACUUCCUGCAAACCACGGGAAGCUUCAAGGAGCGAGGCGCUCGCUACGCUUUGCUGAUGCUCUCCGACGAGCAGAAACGUAACGGAGUGAUAUCGGCCUCCCUGGGCAACCAUGCCUUGGCACUUUGCUACCAUGGGGCAAAACUUGGAAUACCGGUGACAGUCGUGAUGCCGGCUGUGGCGCCGAUCAUGAAAAUCGCGGCGUGCAAACAGCACGGCGCAACGGUCGUCGUCCAGGGUUCGGACAUGGGUGAGGCCAAGCAGAACGCCAUGCAGAUCGGCAAGGAAAAGGGCCUCGUCUACAUCAACGGCUACGACCAUCCGCACAUCAUGGCCGGUCAAGGAACAUUGGGAUUGGAGGUCGUGGAGCAGGUUCCAGAUAUCGAUGCCGUUGUCGUUCCCGUCGGAGGAGGAGGUCUCAUCGCCGGUGUUGCACUGGCGAUAAAAACCCUGCAUCCGCAUGUGAAAGUUAUAGGCGUCGAGUCCCACAGGUGCGCAAGUUUCACGGCAGCCCGGACAGCCGGUCGUCCAACUUACACACCGAUCGAAUCGACUCUAGCCGAUGGUCUGGCCGUUCCUAUGGUUGGCUACAACGCCUUCGUUACUGCCGAUCCGCUGAUUGACAAGCUAGUCGUCGUCAAGGAGGAGUGGAUCGCCAUAGCGAUCUUGAAGUUGGUCGAAAAUGAGAAGUGCAUAGUCGAGGGUGCCGGAGCUACGGGAUUGGCCGCCAUUCUCGCAGGACAGCUCGACGAACUGAAAGGAAAAAGAGUGGUCCUCCCCCUCUGCGGUGGCAACAUAGAUACGACGAUCCUGGGUAGGUGCCUGGAGCGUGGACUUGCCGCCGAGGGUCGCCUCCUCAAGUUUACAGUGACGGUGUCCGACCGUCCAGGAGGGAUCUCCGAGCUCUGCAAGAUGGUCGCCGACAUCGGGGUGUCCAUAAAAGACAUCAUGCACGAGCGGGCCUGGAUCAUGUCGGACAUAUUCAGCGUCGAGGUCAAGGUCGUAUGCGAGACCAGGGACGCCCAUCACGCCCGACAGCUACAGGAAAUGCUCUACAACAACUACAGGAGGGUUGUUUUUGGCAACAGUUCCGAAUUUUCAAACGGUGACGAUCAAUCCUUCACAGGAUGCUAGAUUGUAAACCAUUUAUGACGCUACCGCAUGAGAUUAAAUGCGUUCAAUCCGCGUUCAAACCGAAAUCAAGAUAAACCGUCGAUAGUUUUUGAAUCGCCUUGGACUGAAACGACAUUGAGGAGGUGUAUUAUCGAAAAAUGACUUGGCGUUGCGGCUGAAUUAUUUCUCUCGACGUUGACUCCAGAUGAUAUGUUCAACGCUUACUUUAACUAAAUGUGGAUAAAAGAGGGCAACUCGUUCAGUUGUGUGAACAUUGUAAUGUGUAACUUUUAUUUAUUCCUAUUUCUGAUCUUGUGGUUAUGGGCCAAACGUUUCUGUAUAUAUUAUACACUUAUCUAUAGUUCGCAUAGCUGUAACGAAAGAUAAAAUUGUUAAUCAAUAAUUCUGGGUAUUAUACAUGGGGUAUCUGGGUAAAAGUUUUGUUAAUAAAAAAUGUUUGAUUAGUA